CAAUCUGGCGACAGCAUGGUCUUCGCCAAGCUCUUCGAAGAUACCCAGAAGAGGAAUAGGGAUGAAGCUAAGGUGUCGACGGCUUCGUCGAAUACCGAAGCUGCUUCGCCUCCCAAGUCGCAUUCCGAAACCGUCACCAGAAACAGGAAAUCUGACACGCCUCCUUUGAAAGGAAAGGCUCGAUCUACCGACCACAAUAAGUCUAGUUCUUUGUCGUACAAACGUCACCGUGGUGUCAAUCCGGUGGAACGCCAGAAUGGUUCGAGAAGGAAAGUAGUAUCGCAAGAAGCGCUCUCACUUUCAAGGCAACUACAGGAACUCUCUCGGCAAAAGCGCCUCGACCAAGCCCUCAAGGUCUAUUGGAGUAGUCAGAACGACAAAAUUAGGGACAGUCAUCACGCAUGUAUUGUAGUGGACUGCUGCUCGCGAUGCGGAAUGGUUGAGAAGGCCGAGAAAAUAGUCGCGGACCUGCGCCGAAAAGGUUCAAUCGUAAACGUGGAAACCGAAACAGCCCUUUUGAAAGGGUACGCGCAUAGCGGAAUGCUCCAUGCAGCGAUGGACAUGUUUCGACAGAUGUGUCAGUCCAAGUUUAAUAGACCCAACGUGCGUACAUUGAACACACUAUUAAGAGGAUGCAUGUGGACUGCUUCGACGAAACGCGACGGUCAUGUUGCUGGUGGUGUGAUAUCAAGUGAAGAGGCCUGGCAGCUCUAUACGUCUACAUCGGGCGUCGAUACUCUCGAUUCAUCUUCCUAUGAAUACUCUAUUACACUUUUGACCCAAGCGCUAAGGAUAAAACAAGCGACACGCCGUAUUGAAGACUUCCGAGCUAAGUAUGGUAUCAACCUAAAAGGGAAGGCCAGUUUUAGCGGCGGGGACCAGUCUGGAACAGAAACACUUGCGGUUGCCUACCUUGGUUUGGCUCGAGCUUUUGCUUUACGCGGAGAUUCACCAAAUACGUGGCUAGCCUGCCAGAGAGUUUUGAAUGCCGUCAAACUCUCGCAGACUUACCUGAUGGAACUUGAGCAGGUGGCGUCCAUCGAAUCCAGUGGCAAAAAGAGACGUCGAAUGGAAGCCCAGGGCGGCAAACGUGCUUGGAAGAAGGGCGGUGACGACAAAAGCGAGGAAAAGGACAAUCGUAGGGCAUCAUCAAAUUCCACGUUUCGAACACAUCGUCUAUCGGAAAUUGCAGCAGAGGCGAAAGCUUUGAUUAAAGUUAGAGGGAAGUACAGUGCUGACUUAAAGCCCCAAUCAGAUUUAGCAUCGCGGCUCAUGGUAUCCUUGUUUUAUUUUUCGGGGGGUGGCACAACCAACAUGAUAGCGAAUAAAGAACUGAAGCAACUUACAGCUUCGAAACGAGAAGAUCCCUUUGCCUACAUUAUUCCAACGUGGACUAGCUUUGGCUUGUCAGAACUAACAGAGCGGGCAGAAUCCAUCGUUCAUCUCGACGAAAAUAGCAUUCGAGACGGGAUUGGAAGUGUUGAUGUCAGGGCAUUGCGAGACGAUGGGACUAUUAAUUUUGACACUGUCUUUGGCACCACGGCAAAGGGUCGCCCAUUGGACAUUGAGCUUGGUGCCGGUUUCGGUGACUGGAUUGCUCGACAAGCGUUCCACAGGCCAAAACGAAACCAUAUUGCCGUUGAACUCCGUGCCGAUCGUGUACAUCAGAUCUUUGCGAAAGGUACGUUGCAAGCUACGCAACCGCUCGAUAAUCUGUGCGUUGUGGGUGCGGAGAGUGGUGACUUUUUAAAAGAUCGGCUUCGUUCCGGAUCUCUAGCCACGGUCUUUGUGAAUCAUCCCGAGCCUCCCACACAAACAUUUGGCGGAGACCGGAGUGAGCUCGAGGCAAUCCAAAAAGGAGGGGGAGAACCCGCUCAUAUGCUGACUAGCGGAACAUUGGAAGCUGCCGCGAACAGUCUCCAUUCCGGAGGCCGUCUGGUCAUUGUCACGGACAAUCGCUGGUACGCUCGUCUUCUGGCCUCGACCUUGCUCAAAGUGGUGCGACAAAAGCCGGACCUAUUCCGACCCCCUAGGCCUAAGGAGUUUCAUGCGUCCAAUUUGCACCAAAUGGAAUAUUUUGGGGGCAGCACUGGCCAAGCAGGUGUCCCAUUGUACGAAGGACAGCCUAACGAAGGCAUUGGUCACGUCAAGUACGAUGUCAGCACAGGCGCCAGCUACUUUGAUCGGCUCUGGAAAAGCGGUGCAGGCUUGCAUGCGGAACGGCAAACGAGGUUCAUCCUCAUCAUGUACCGAUGUUAGAGUCACAUUAACUGUAAGCAUAUGUUGAUUCAUACU